UUCUUCAAGAUUGAAGUCCACCAUUAUCUCCUAUAAUACAAUUCUCUCUCAUUUUAUAUUUCUGUUACCAUCACCUUUUGGACCAAUUGAUCUCUCAUUUGUUGCAACCCUCAUCAACAACACAAGCAAUCAAUUCAAGGCAUGGAAGUUGUUGAGACUUGUGGAAAAGGAACUCUUUCUGCUGGAGAACCUUCCACCAAACGUAGUAUUACAUCAAUUUAUGAUGAUGAUGAAGUUGUGGGCUUUGAGAAAGAUGCAGAAAUUAUAAUGAAGAAAUUGAUACGAGGAACUAAGGAGCGGGAUCUUAUCUCCAUCUUUGGAAUGCCCGGACUCGGUAAAACAACUUUGACAAGAAAGGUGUACAACAAUCCCUAUAUUGUUGAUCACUUUGAUGUUAAAGCAUGGUGUGCUGUGUCACAAGCAUAUAAUAGGAGGACGUUAUUGGUUGAGAUUUUCAAACAAACUACAAAUAAUGAGAUCAAAAUCAAAGAGGACGACGAUGUAGCUGACAUGUUGCGCAGGGUUCUAAUAGGCAAGAGAUACCUCAUCGUAUUAGAUGACAUUUGGGAUGUCAAGGCAUGGGAAGAUUUGGGAAUAUGUUUCCCUCAAGGUGAAUAUGGAAGCAGAGUAAUGGUUACAACACGAAUUGAACAAGUGGCUAAGGAUCUUCAGCACCACAGUUUUCCUUAUUCUCUUAGCUUUCUAACAUCCGAAGAGAGUUGGGAAUUAUUGGAGAAGAAGGUAUUUCGAGGAGAGAGUUGUCCCCGGGAUCUACUGGAAGCAGGGCUACAAGUUGCCCUACACUGUAAGGGAUUGCCUCUUGUGGUUGUUCUGAUUGCUGGAAUGAUUGCAAAAAUGGAUAGGGAGUCGUCCUUGUGGCUCGAGGUUGCGAAUGAUUUAAGUUCCAUUGGUUUAGGAGAGCAGAGUAUGAAGGUAAUACAAUCAAGUUAUGACCAUUUAGAAGACCACUUAAAGCCUUGCCUUCUUUACAUGGGAUUGUUUCCAGAGGACCAUAAGAUUCCAGUGGACGAUCUGCUGAAGUUGUGGAUGGCUGAAGAAUUUGUAUUGAAUGCCGAAAAAGAGAACAUGGAGGAAGCAUCUCGAGUUUGCUUGAGUAAUUUGCUUAACAGAAGCCUAGUAAUGGUCUCCGGAAUGAGAAUUAAUCGUGAUGUAGAAUACUGCUCACUUCAUGAUGUAGUGCGUGAGUUCUGUUUGAGAAAACUCACAGAAGACAAGUAUAUGCAGCUAGCAAUGCCAUACAAUCCGUUUCAACAGUUGCAUUCCACGGAAUCACGGUUAUGCAUUUAUAUUCAUGAUGAUCUUGUUAAACAAUUAGAUCAUUCUGACUACCAAUUGGAUAAGAUUCCAACGCUGGAUUUCAAGGAAACAAAUUCUUUGGAGUUCAUUGCUCAUCCAAAACUUAAUACAUGGAAUAACCGAUAUUCAAAUCCUUUAGAUUUAGUUGUUAAAUUAAGAUUUGUUCGGGCAUUGCAUUUGAUGGAUGUCUUAUUGCCAAAUUCAUGGGCUACUGCAAUUCAAUCGCUUACUCAGUUGAGAUACCUUGCAAUUUAUGUCAGAGAUUUUGAAUUGAAGUGGAUAUCACACCUACACAAUCUCCAAACUCUACAGGUCCAGUCCAGUAAGAUAUUACACCUAAAGGCUGCUACUUUAUGGGAAAUGACGAAGCUAAGACAUGUAAAUAUUAACUGUCUUUCGGUGGUAUGGAAAGACAAUUACGAAGGAACACUACUAGAAAAUAGGCCUACGGCAACAAACAUAAAACCGUUGCAAUAGAUAGUAAAACUGUUGCAAUAGAUCUAUCGCAACGGUUCAACACCCGUUUCAUCUGAUCGCGUGGCAAUAGAUCUAUUGCAACGGUUUUGGCAACGGUUUUAGAACCGUUGCAGAAGGUGUACCUAUUGCAAUGAUUUUUCCUCCGUUGCUAUAAGACAAUCUAUUGCAACGGUUCUUU